GUGUCUUUCCCAUCUUUAUUUUCCCGGACGACAAGCCAAGCAAGCCCAACAAAUUCCAAACCCCCACGCAAGAAAUUCCAAAUUGCCACCCGCAAAUCCUCGCUUUCCCUUCCGAGCACGAUUCAUCCAUCCCAUCGCAAGGAACAAGGGAGUAAGAGCUGCUGCUUCUUCCGUGGUCCCGGUUCAAGGGAGUCAAGCAAGCACAAGAUCCUCUCGAAUGCAACCAUUGUGAGAGCUGCUGCGUCUUCUGCAAUUGCUACUGGAUACCCUUAUUUUUUACAGUUUCAAGUUUGAAUUGUAUAUAUGUGUAGUUUGUUUCUGUGUUGUUGCUAAAAUCCACAAUCUGUAACUGCGGUGUCGCUCACUUCUUGAAGGGCAUCUGGCAUCAAUGCAUGUGUCUCAGAUAUGUGACUGUUAACCAUUUGAUCACUUUUCACUCCCUGCUUCAUUUGAUUCUUAUAAAAUAGAUCACGGCUGCGAAGGAUUUGAUACACAUAAAUAGUGAAUGAUUAUUUGCAAAUACUAAUGUCAUGUUUAGGCGAUAGAUGCUUAUAACUUUCGAACCCUUCCCUGGACCCUGCGCAAGCGGGAGCUACAUGCACCAGGUUGCCCCCUAUUCCUCCGCGAACUAAGAUUAGCAUUACUUGUAGAUGGCUUGUUCUGAUGGUGAGGCUGAGCACCAAUGGAUACAGAGUGUCAAGUCAGGAGGAGCAGUUCCUUGUCUACCGCCCGAAAACUGUCCUAAUGGUUGGGCUACUCCUCCUGGUGACACUUUUAUGGUCAGAGGCCCAGAAUAUUUUGCAACCAAGGCAAAAAUACCUGGUGGGGAGUAUCUUCUGAAGCCUCUUGGAGUUGAUUGGAUCAAAGGCCCAGUAAAAAUCUGUGAGGUCCUGAAAAACAGGAACCAUCGUGUGAGGAAAGCCAUCGAUGAGGAGGUUUCUCACGGCAAUAAACCUUUUGUCUGGGCCUUCAACUUGCAACUGCCCAGCAAGGAGAACUACAGCGCGAUAUUUUACUUUGUCUCACUGGAACCUGCACCCGAGGGCUCGCUGAUGGAUCAAUUCCUUAAAGGGGACGAUGCUCUCCGUAAAUCCAGGCUUAAACUGAUAGCAAACAUAGUUAAGGGGCCCUGGAUUGUCCGAAAAGCUGUGGGUGAACAAGCCAUCUGCAUACUUGGCAGAGCACUUUCGUGCAAGUAUGUCGAGGGAUCAAACUUCAUCGAAGUUGAUGUGGAUAUUGGGUCUUCCAUAGUUGCAAAUGCAAUUGUUCAUCUGGCAUUUGGUUACGUGGCGACACUGACUAUAGAUUUAGCAUUUGUUAUUGAGAGUCAAGCUGAAUCAGAGCUCCCCGAGAGACUUCUUGGAGCUGUAAGGUUCUCUGAGUUGAGUCCGGGAUCAGCUGGUGUGUACGAAGUGCCAUCUGAAGAGCAGCAGGAAAUUGCUCCAAUUCUGCCUUCAAGAUUAUGGCGGAGUUUUACCCAACUGCUACAGAACCCAGGCAACUCAAUGCAGCCGUCGCCUAGCUCAGAAAACACUAAUGGAAACUUUCACAAGGAAGAUGCUGGUAACAACGAUAAUUGAUAUCCCGGAAUCCCAUACUAGACAUGUAUAAAGCUUCCAUCCAAAGGACGCCUUCAUUGGUUGAGGAUAAUAUGCUAGUUCAGGCGAUGUGUAAAAGUUGAAUUCGUUUCUACGACGAUGAACAACGGCCUCAGGUAGUUGUGGAUUAUCAUAGUCCUGGGCCCUGCUGUAAAAAUGAUACAUACUGGUCAAGAGAAAAACAUCUUUCUGUACAUAUUAACUAAAUUUACCUUUUAGCCCGACAAA